CAGUACGUGGCCACUGUAGAACUGAGUCCAUUCCGCUCCACGAUAAAACAUCUUUCGAUCGCCAUCGCCGGCCAUUAUUAGUUUCAUCCAACUCCAGGCCAGUGCUCUUCGCUCUGGAAUCCUAGUUAAUGGCCGGCCGGUCAGGUCCGUGGUAACCAACCACCAGCUAGCUAGCAGCGCCACCUCGAGAGCGUCGCCAUGGCAGGGGCGGAGGGAUCGACCGUGUAGCGGGCAGCGCGCGGCGGUGGGAGGAAUUAUCUGCAGAUCGAUCGGCGAUGGUGGUGCACGUGGUGCUCCUGGCCGUGCCGGCGGUCGGCGGGUUCAUGCAGGCGUUCAAGUUCUCGGUCCUGCUCUGGCCGUUCAACAUCAUGCUGCCGCUGCUCCGCAACCUGCCGCGCCUCUGCCUCACGCUCAGGGCCGCCGCGGUGCACUACGACGCCGAGCUGCGCGCGUACCUCACCGGCCGCCGGACGGUGCCGCUGCCGGAGCCGGGGUACUCGACCCUCCGCGGCGCGCAGAGGCGCACGCGUGAGCAGCUCGCCGCGCACGCCAUGAUCGCCCUCGUCGACAUCUCCUACUGAUGUCGCGUAGCUACGAGAUUGGUUUGAUAGGUUGGUUCAUACGUAAUUUGUUUGUUUUUUUGGCCGUGCUCUUCUUGGUUUGUAUAGCCCAGUUAUAAGAAUUUCCUUUGGACUCUGCACAUAGCCAGAUAGGUCUUCCAUUUCUCUUUGCCUGCAUUUGUCGGCUGCGUUCAUGAAUUUAUUGUGAUCUGUAUUCAUUUAUGAAAUGCAAAGGAGCUUAAAUUUUGACA